AUGUCGCUGGUGACCCCCACCAUUCCAGACCCGCGACUCCCCCCCGAACUUCUUCAUCUAAUAUGCGACCUCAUCGACAGCCGACGGCGAGCUUUACUGCUCAAUCUAUGCAAGGUCUCUCGUGUUUUCCGAGUACCUUCCCAACGGAAACUAUACGAGCGGGUCGAUCUUGCUGGAUGCUCUGUCCGGGUUAUUCUAUACUGGUGUUUGGUCAUUCGACGCCGUCAAGAUCUAUCUGAGCGUGUCUGGCGCCUACGUCUGCUAGCGCCUACAACUCACCAAGUGUACACCGAGGAGGCCGACAAAAUCUUCCUCGCUGUUUCCCGCUGCGUUAAUAUUACCUGGCUCGAACUACCAUAUGAAGUCCCCGGCGCUAUUAGUAGCCCCCACUGGCUGCUCGGCGCCGUGUCCACAAUGCGAAGCCCAUUUCGAUUAACCGUCUUUGAGUGUGGGGCCCACUCCCAGUUUCACGAGUUACGGAGUGUUCUGCUUCAGCAGCCUUCCCUGUUGUUUCUCAUUCUAGGAAGCAAGGAUAUAUAUCUGGAUCGCCAUUUCUUGAGACGGUUGGCUGAGGCGGGCGGCCAAGAUCCCAAGACCGUUCUCCCCUCCCUCUUUGCUGUAAAAACACUCUCACCGAACGUGCAAAUUGAGCGACGGUUACGACGUAUCGAGACCAUGAUUGGCGAUAUCACACCACUUGCGCGUUACGCAUCGAGCUUGCAGGUGUUGAACAUCCACUUUGGUUCCUCGCGAGACCUCCAGGUUAUCGCCACAUUAGCCCGUGUCGCACAGUUGUUUCCAAGGCUCCAGUAUCUGGCUCUUGUCGAGGCAGCUCAGAAGCUGGAUGAUUGCUGGUACACCGAACAGGACUCUCCGGCCCUGGUCAUGCCGCGCUUCCAGAACCUCCGAAGUCUUUACCUCGUGUUGUCCCGCGUUACUCAGCUCACUGAAAAAGAGCCGGACGGCAGUGUCACCCGGGCUGUCCCCGUUGGAGACGAAGUCGGGAUGCGUGAACUUUGCUUAAAGAUGAUGAACGCUGCACCCGACACUUGCCUUGACAUUUGCGUCAAUAUCAUCCAAAAUGAGGACGGCAGGUUCGCGGAGCGCUCCUUUAGAGCAAAUAUCGCACACGAGGGCGCUCGCACUAGUCGGGUCAAGGUCAAUAGCGGUCAUAUACCAGCUAAUCAGCUCUUACAAGUUGCGACACGGCACUUUUGGCAAAGUUUGACGCCGUGA